AUGACCAAGAGGCAGAUGGGAAGAAACCACAACAUUGUAUUCGCAAAAUAUAACAGGAGUGAAGGCAGAGACCCAAGCGAGAAAGAAAUUUUCAGAAAGAAAUCCGUGCAGGAGGUUGAUUCUAAAUCUAAACGAGGAAGAAGGGGAGGAAUAAAUCAAAAAAGCUGCUUCUUUUCCCCCGGAGACAAACUCUUGCCUUUGUCUGUCAUAUCCUUCUCCACCUGCUUCAGCAUUUCCCAGCGCUUGAUAAUUCUGGCCUGGUGCUCGGAGAUAGACACGAGAUUAGUGUCGUUUGAGGCGAGUCGACUGUCUAUUGUAGCAUGGUAUGAUAGCUUUGCUCGAAAGAGGGCCAUGUCGGAUUCAUCAUAUAUAAGGCCUUGGGGUUCGGGAAGGGCUGCCUUGUGGGAAGAUUUGGAAGGCAUUUUCGGUAUGUGUAUAGCUGAGAGCAACUUCGAAGUCUAG